AUGGCAAAUCUACAGAGAUUGGAAAAGAUGAAUGCGGGAUAUUGCAAACUCAGUCCCAAAAACCCACACCAAAAACCAUGGCUUCUCUUCCUUAGGUACGGGGGAGGACGGAUUAAGGGACAAGAGGGGUCACUUGACCCACGAACUGGUCGGAAAAAAGUCUAUGGACAGCCUGUGGAGGUCUGA